GAUGACACUGAAAGAGGAGAGUCAAGAAUUCAGUAAAAAGGAAGAUAAUGUUCAGCAUGAGAAAUAUGGUUUCAUGACUGGAGAAAAAACAUUUAGUUGCUCAAAUACUGAAAAGACACAAAAAAGAGCUCAAAAUACAGCAAAUAGACGUUAUUUCACCUGCCAACAGUGCGGGAAAAGUUUCACCAGAAAAGGAAGCCUUGAAGUCCACAUGAGAAUUCACAGUGGAGACAUGCCUUACACCGGCAAACUGUGUAGAAAGAGCUUCAUUCGAAAAGCAAACCUUAAAUACCCUGUGAGAGUUCACACUGGAGAAAAACCUUUUGUCUGUCAACAGUGUGGAAUGAGUUUUACUGAAAUAGGGAACCUUAAUCUUCACAUGAGAAUUCACACUGGAGAGAAGCCUUUCACCUGCCAACAGUGUGGAAAGAGCUUCAUUCGAAAAUCUAAUCUUAAAAACCACAUCAGAAUUCACAGUGGAGAGAAACCUUACACAUGUUCUCAAUGUGGAAAAAGUUUUACACACAAACAACACCUUGAUGGCCACAUGAGAAUUCAUACUGGAGAGAAACCUUUCAUCUGCCAACAGUGUGGAAAGAGGUUCGCUCAAAAAGGAAACCUUAAAGGCCACAUGAGAACUCAUACUGGAGAGAAGCCUUACACCUGCAAACAGUGUGGAAAGAGCUUCAUUCGAAAAGCAAACCUUAAAAACCACUUGAGAAUUCAUACUGGAGAGAAGCCUUACACAUGCUCUCAAUGUGGAAAAAGUUUUACACAUAAACAAAACCUUGAUGGCCACAUGAAAAUUCAUACUGGAGAGAAACCUUUCACCUGCCAGUGUGGAAAGAGCUUCAUUAAAAAAGGAAACCUUCAGAAGCACAUGAAGGUUCACACUGGAGAGAAGCCGUUUACAUUGUGAUUAGUUUCGGAUGUAAAGUAGCUCCAGUGUGAUUGCUUUUACUAGCAGCAAUAUCCUUGCCUGUGAAUUCCUUUUUUGUGCAAAGCAAUGAUGAGUGUGCGUGUUUCCUUGCAGGUAACCAUGGUUAACAGAAGUAGAACAAUGAUUUCAAGCACCACCUUCCUUUUAAAGCUUUCAGUUUGUUAUUGUAACUCGAUCAGCAUGACAAUAGCUGUGUGCCAAAGAGAAGGUUGCGCACUCCGAAAGCCACAUUUGAAGUGCGAUUGCGUCACUAUGAAGGCUGUCCCAAUUCACGAUUCACCCUCC